UGGCUGUGCUUCCGCCGCUCCGACACGCUGUGAGGCGGGAUAAAAGGGGGUCGGGAGCAAGCCAGGCCGGCUCCCACAGUGCCUUUGCGGUGAGGACGUUUUGAGAUCAGCGCUUCCCAACCUUCUGGGCCUGCCGGGCGUUUGGGACUUCAACUCCCAGGAUCCCCUGCCUGCUCGACCGGCUCCCAGGAAUUCUGGGAGCUGGAGUCCAAAGCCCUUGAAGGGCCCAAAGGGUGGGGAGCCCUCGCUUAGGCCACGUCCCCUUUAGGGCUCCUGUCAAAACCAGCGCCAUCUCUUUCCCCUUCCAGAAUCAUCCGGCUCCGGCAUGGCUGCUUCCGAGGAGCUGAAGUUCCACGAAUUCGAUGAGGCUAUGGAUUUGCUGGCAGUGAAUGCCAAUGCCACUACUUCAAGUGUUGGUGAACAGCAGAGCCACACAACUGUGGAUAUGUCUUCCAGCUAUAAUGAAGAGCCAGAGCCUGAGGAAGAGGACGAUAAAACUGAGCUGCUGAGUUUCCAGAAGAAGCAGUCCAGUUUCUGGACCUUUGAAUAUUACCAAGCAUUCUUUGAUGUUGACACGUAUCAGGUGCUGGACAGAAUAAAGGGGUCAGUUCUUCCAGUGCCAGGGAAGAACUUUAUAUGGCAUCGCUUGCGGCACAACCCUGAUCUGUAUGGACCCUUCUGGAUCUGUGCCACCUUGGUCUUCACACUGGCAAUCAGUGGCAAUUUAUCUAACUUCCUGGAGAAAAUGGGCAGUCCUUCCUUCCACUACAGCCCCCAGUUCCACAAAGUGACAAUUGCAGCAAUAGUUAUCUACUGUUAUGCCUGGCUGGUUCCUCUUGGCCUGUGGGGCUGCCUGCAGUGGCGGAAGGGAGCUCACGUCCACACAGACGCCUACACCUUUUUGGAGAUGGUGUGCAUCUACGGCUACUCCCUGUUUGUGUACAUUCCCACUGCGAUCCUGUGGCUGAUCCCAGUCCCAUGGCUGCAAUGGCUCCUAAUCGUAUUUGCAAUGGGGCUCUCCGGCUCAGUUCUGGUCCUUACGUUUUGGCCAGUUAUUCGUGCGGAUACCAAGCCUGCUGCCUUUGCCAUAUUGGCUAUCAUUAUUUCGCUGCAUGUCCUCCUGGCCAUUGGCUGCAAGCUAUAUUUCUUCCAGAAACCAAACACCACCAUCUCUCCCCCUGUCCUCCACACAACAGUAGCCCAGCAUAGUAGAAGUACACAUCCUCACCUGAACACCACAGCCCACCUGUCGAUAUGAAGGAGGAUGCUGGCAGGAGUCUCAAAUGGCAUACAGUUUGGAUUGUGAAUGCCGAGCCUCAGGGGAAAGCCCAUGGACAGAAGAGAGUGCACAAAUGCUAAAGUACUCCAUCUAAAGGGGCAUGAAAUGCCUGGUCUGGGAUAAGGAGACUCCAGUGGGCCGAGAGGCAUCCCACUGCCAUUUAUUUCCCACCCAGAACAGUAAGGUGCCCAACUUAGAAAUCAACGAAAGGCUCUGCGAACCACUACUUGACUGGGUAAGCAGUCAUUUGCUUCCUCAUAGCAGCAUGGGACUUACCAGUAAUAUGUGACUACAGAACGGGAGAUGUGUGGAGCAUUGGCUGCUGUGCCCCUGCGAGAUAAACCCAAUAUGUUGAUGUGGUUGGUCUCUUAACAGUAAGGAAAGAGGUGACAGUCUUCCGAUAAAUUUGUGCAUAUCUUGCUGUUUGGUGAGGAAUGGCAGAUUACCAACUGUAGAAGUAGCAGCAUGUCUGCGGGUGUUUCUUCUCCCAUUGAUGGGAAGAGGGGUUGAUUAAGGAUUACUUUAAUGCAGUGUUUUGAUUUUUGUUUUCUAUGCAAAUCCAAUUUAAAUUAAACAGUUCUUCUGAAAGUA